AUGUCUUCAUUAGAAGAUACAAGCCAAGAAAAUGGAUAUGCCAGUCCAAGCCACAAGGCACAUAGCAAAACACACCGAGUGUUGGACGACUGUUCCAUAAGUAUGGAUGGUAAUAAUUCUCAUUAUUCGACUGAAGACGAAAGUGAACAAUUCCAUCCUGCUAGUGAAAACCUAGAGACCGAUGUUGCUAUGCAGGAAUCAGACAUUGAGGAUUACUUACACAAACCUGAAAAAAAUGGCCCAACAAUAUUACGCGAUUCGCCUUUACCUUCGGAGCUACCCGAGUAUUCACCACCUGGCGAAGAUUCACAACAGUGUGACGCUUCUGAUCCUACUGGUGAAGCUACUGCUUCUGAUACUAGUAGUAAUCGUACAAGAAUUAAACCAAAAAAAGUUCUUGGUAACUAUACACUAACAAAAACAUUGGGCGCUGGUAGCAUGGGAAAAGUAAAAUUAGCAAUACAUUCAUUGACAGGCGAAAAGUUGGCUGUUAAGAUUAUCCCAAGAGUACUUCCAUCUGACAAAUCUCCUGAUAACAAAGACAAGGAUUCAUCUAAAGAUGAUAAUAAGGAAAUUCGCACCAUUCGUGAAGCUGCAAUAAUGCUUUUGUUGAAUCAUCCUUUUAUAGUUCAACUUAAGGAACCAUGGAAAACUAAAGGAGAAGCAUGCCCGGAAAUUUGCCAGACAAAUAACUUAAAGAUUGAAAAUAUCCUUAUAUCUAAAUCUGGUUCUAUUAAAAUUAUUGAUUUUGGACUAUCAAAUUUGUAUUCACCACGCUCCCAUCUUUCAACGUUUUGUGGUUCUCUAUAUUUCGCUGCACCAGAGUUGUUAAAUGCAAAAUUAUAUACUGGACCUGAAGUUGAUGUAUGGAGCUUUGGAAUUGUCCUUUAUGUUCUUGUCUGUGGUAAAGUACCAUUCGAUGAUCAAAGCAUGCCUGCUUUACACGCAAAGAUUAAAAGGGGCGUUGUUGAAUAUCCUGGAUGGUUAAGUAGCGAUUGCAAACAUCUACUUUCGAGAAUGCUUGUUACCAAUCCAAUGUAUCGUGCUACACUUGCUGAAGUAAUGAAUCACCCUUGGAUGAAUAAAGGGUACGAUGGUCCUCCGGAAAAUUACUUACCUUCAAGAACUCCACUCACUCUUCCUUUAGAUCCUGAUGUUAUUCGCGGGAUGACUGGUUUUGAAUUUGGUACUGAACAAGAAAUAAAAUGCCGUUUGGAAAAUCUAAUUAAAAGUGAUUCCUAUCAAAGUUCUAUUAGAUCUCAGCACUAUAAUAAUUUUGGUGGAUCAUGUGAUAACAGGAAAAGAACAAGUGGUUUCGAUUAUUAUCGUAGAAAAUUAUCGGGUUCUAGUGUCUCGAUUCAAGAAGAUAGAUCUAUUUCUGCUGAUCCAACACAAGCUGUUCAUCCAUUAAUCUCAAUUUAUUAUCUCGUUAAAGAAAAGCUUGAACGUGAUCGUUUAAUGCAACAAGGUGGUAUUCCUCAACUUGGUUCUUCAUCUUCACUUGAUACAAAUAGCUUGCAAGUGCCCUUCAUUUCUAUGCCUGACCCAUCUUAUUCAAAUGACGCUUGUUUUGACAACACGCGCCCAUUGGCACAACCUGGAACAAGCCCAAAUUCGCAAGUUAUUAGACGCGCAACCGUUCCUACCGGAACGAGACCUCGUUCACGUACUAGCUGCGAAGGCGAGUUGAAUAAUACUUCAAUAGGUUCACCUGCUAUUAAAGAGAGAGAGAUUCCCGAAGAAACAAUGGAUGAAGUUAGUGGUGAGUUAAAUUAUGGUAAAAAGAGCAAUGAACUAUCAGCAGAUAAUGGAAAUACUGGUGGUGGACUAAUCAGGCGCUUGAGUUUAGCUAUAGUUGGCCAACCUCGUGAUUCCAUAUCACCUCCGUCUUCUCCAACCCACAUAUCAUCAAGAGGUCAAACAGAACAUCGUCGUCACGGAUCCACUCCAAAUGGUCCAAAGAAAGAAAAUGCUCAUCAUUUCUCUCAUAGGAUAUCAACCAUAUUAUCGAGAGCCACAUCUAUUUCUGAAGCAGAUUAUCGACGUCAUAAACAAAGAAAUUCUGUUGGAAAUAGUAGACCUGUUACUACCAUUAUUGUUAAUGGUAAUAGUGGAAAUAGUGGAAAUAGUACGACAAAGAAUUCUGGUGUUAAAGGACCUGUUGGUACCUUACCACAAUUGGCUGAGCCAUUAUCACGACAUAAUCCUCAGUCUGAUAAAUCUACAACUGUUUCAGUUACUUCUACCAAUGCAAACCGCUCUACACAUCAACGAAGUACAUCUAGUGGAUCACCGGUGACCAUAAGUGUUAAUACAAAUACAAAUCAACAAAUGACCGACAAUGAUUUCAAUUUUCCACCUUCAUCUUCCCCACACUCACCUUUACCAGGUGGCACUGCUGAUUCAUGGAUUAGACCGGUGUAUCUAAAAGGUCUAUUUAGUGUUGCAACAACUUCUACAAAACCUCCUUCGAUAAUUCGAUCAGACCUUAUAAGAGUACUUGAUCGAAUUGGUGUCAAGUGGCGUGAAGGUCGAGGUGGCUUUGAAUGUGUUCACAUACCGAGCAUUGACUUGAAGUCUGUUGUUAUUUCUAAUUAUGCUCAUGGAGGAAUCACAAAUCAUCAUCACUCUCAUUUUAAUCGAAAUGAACGUAGAGGCAGUCAUUCAUCUGGUAAUUCAGCCGCUUCUACAUCAUCAUCAACUUCAUACAAAGAUAGCUAUGCACAAGGACAAGAUCUUCGUUUCUCGGCUGAUGGUGAGGUUCGACUUUCGUUACCUGCUAAUGUACAUCCUGGGAGUCAACCUAAUAACGAUCCUUCGGUAUCUACCACUGCCAAUGUUACUGAUCUUGUUGUGAGAUUUGAGAUUUUUAUAGUUAAGGUUCCACUUUUACUUGGAGUACAUGGAUUACAAUUCCGCAGAGUUGCUGGUGAUCCAUGGCAAUAUAAAAAUAUGUCAACAUAUAAUGAUAAGAUCAUGAAAUCUCG